AUGAUUUCUGAAAGAGUCUGCAUCUUUAGCAUAUUACGUAUAGUGGAGCUGAAAAAGUAUGAAACUAACAAUCUUAUAUACGCAAGCUCCUUGUCUUUGAUAUGGGCGAUCAUGGAACUGGACACUGCCAUUGUCUGCGGUUCAUUCCUUUUGAUGAAGCCUAUUCUUUUCUCUUGUGUAGGCCUUCUCUGGAGAAGAGUCAGUAAUCUAGGGAGCCACUCAACCUCGGAUCCCUCUGGUGAAGCACAUCGGUAA